UACAACCACUUAUUAAGGAGUGGGGGUGUGAGAUAAAAAAUUGGCCAUUUCAAAUAUAUGUGUGUUUGUGUUUGUGGUUGAAAGAGGGGGCGCAUUCCCCAUUGGUGGUCCCUCUGUGUCUUAUGACAUCCCCUAAUACAUCAGGCUUGAAAAAGGAAAAUAUGUGAAGUAACCUAAACAAUUUCCAAAUGUUAUAAAUCUUUCUUCUAAUAAUUCUAAUGAAGAGCUCAGAAAAGCUGAUUAAAUUGGGCUUUUUUGACCGGGGUCAUUCUGAGGAUGUUCUCUGUGAUGCAACUUGACCGCAGGGUUGUCAUGCAGAAAAGCCUCUCAUUGGAUUUAAUCUGACCAAUCCUGUGGCAAGAGUGAAAAAAGGAAAGGAGAAUUUCUCUCUGUUGAAAAGAUUAUCAGGUCACAUCCAGAAGAAGCCAAACCAACGGGCAAAAUGGCUCACGAUGGGAUGUCUAGAGAGGAAUAUGAGGAAUACCAGAAGCAGAUGGUGGAGGAGAAGAUGGAGAGAGAUGCAGAAUUUGCAACUAAAAAAGCAGAGAGGGCUUGUCUGAGGACAUGUUUGAGAGACAAAUACAGACUUCCGAAGAGUGAACAGGAUGACAUCACGACCCAGCAGGCUGGAGAUGAUGUUGAUGUGCCGGAGGAGCUGAUAAAGAUGGUGGAUGGAGACGCUCCACAGGAGGAGGAGAAAGAGUCCAUCAUGCAGAAUCUUCAGAACAUGGACGUGGAUCAGCUGAAGGAAAAAGCUCAGGCCACGUUCGUGGAGAUGAAAUCCAAGGCUGAGGAGAAAUGCACUGUUGUGUGAUGUGUCGAUGAUUUCAUAUUCUGAGAGAUGUGGGA